AUGCUACAAAAAUAUCCUAAUGGAAAUGUAAAUUUGCGUCAAGCCUGCCAUAAUUUCGCCUUAGAGCAGGUGCAAUUGCAAAAGGAACAGUUAAAAGAAUUAGGACUUUUUACUAAUUAUGAGAAAUAUUAUCUUACCUUGGAUAAAAAUUAUGAAGCAGAGCAGAUACGAGUUUUUGGAGAAAUGGUUAAAAAAGGUUUAAUUUAUCAAGGCUUUCGGCCUAUUUAUUGGUCGUGUGGUCAUGAAACUGCCUUGGCCGGAGCGGAAAUAGA